AUGACGCUCCAACAUCGUCGGCACAGCUCACCUUUGACGACGAAUUCUCCACUUUCCGACUUUCCAACAACCUCCCUUACUGCCCCGAUCAACAGCGCUGAGUUUGACACGUUCCUAUCCAGCAUGAACCUUGUGCCAGCCUCGUCGUCACAAAUUCCUCAUGCUGGUCCAAGUGCCUGGGCUUCAGAUUUGAGUGGUUCGACCUGGGCUUUACCUCCUCUUCACCCUCCACCCUCGUCUCAAGAACCUCCUUCUCCUCAGGCUCCGCUAUCCAUCGCGAUAAAUCCAGGCGAUGCACUUGCUAUGGGGACCGCCUCGAGUGCUGAUGGUGCUACAGGCCAACCCUCUGGCUCUGUAAGCAUUGGCCUUGCUGAAGCGUCGUCUUCCAGUCUUGCCACCGUCGCUAUCCCACCUACGCGCCGCAUCAGCAGCCGGAAACGAGCUCAGGUGGACUUUCGACCCAGAUUAGUAGCAGGAGGGAAGCGAUCACCGAAGGAGAAGAAAAAACAUGGUUGGGAUAUUGUUGAUGUGGGCUCAGAUGAGGAAGACGAAGACCCACUUGAUGCGAUUCAUAAACGUAAGCGUAGAAAAGGGACGAAUUAG